AUGCAAUGGUUCGAGAAGCACCGCGGACUAGCUGUGGGAAUCGUCUUCGGGGGUGGAAGUCUAGGCUCUGCCAUCAUGAGUAUUGCGACCAACAUGAUGGUGAAGCAACUGCCACUGGAAUGGAUAGUCCGUGUUCUAGCGUUUCUGCUGUGGGGUGUCUGUGCUCCAGCUGCAUGCCUCAUCCGACAGCCAUCUCACGCAAAGAAUUCAGUCCCCCGCCCGCAAUGGUAUCGUUUCCGCGAAAAGGAAUUCCUUAUCUUAUUUGUCGGUACCGGGCUGGCUUGUUUCCCCCUUUUUGUUCCUCCAUACUUUAUCCCUAUCUUCGCGCGAUCGGUUACGCAUUCUCAGAAUAUCGCAGUCAUCAUGCUGGCCAUUUGGAAUGUCGCCUCCACCGUGGGACGGGUAGUGGCCGGCUUCUUGUCAGAUUCGGUUUUGGGCCCGAUCAACAGUCUUAUCCUCUCGCUCACAUUGGCCGGCAUCAGUGCUCUCGCCAUCUGGCCUUUCUCUAGUACAACGGGCGUGCUAUCCGUCUUCAUCGUGCUAAAUGGAUUCGGGUGUGGAGCCUUUUUCAGUCUAGUUCCCAGCACUAUAGGCGCGAUGUUUGGAUGGUUCGUGGGCUUCUUUUUCGGGUCACCGAUUGCAUCGGGGAUUUAUUCGCUCUCCGGAAAAGCGGACAACAUCGAGUCAUAUCGGCCAGCCGCAUACUAUGCAGGUGCUAUGUCCAUCGUUGGCCUUUUAUUCACAAUCGUUCUACGUUCAAUGUAUUCAACACACCUGCUUGUGAAAGUAUGA